AUGGCUGUUGUGUGGUCAACCCUCCUUACUGCUGCGGCAACUUUGUGCCAGACAACCCUCGCAGAGCCCAUCUUGCGCGAAACAGUUUCAUUUCAAGGCCCUUUCAUAGUUGAGCGGAACGGUAUUCAGAAUAUCAAAAUCCAUUACAAUGGCGCUCUGAACGGCGAACUCUCUGUUUCGUACGGCGCUUGCGACAUGAGGGCCGCAUUCGAAGCGCACCACGAAAUUGGCCGGACGCAUAUUGGUUCGCACCCAGCCGCUAAACGUCAUCUGGAAUGGACCGACCGACGACCUACCAAAUUCGUCUGGUUGGUGCCCGAAGAUGUUUCCUCGGGUUGUUUGCACGCCUUUGUUGACAACCAGCUUGUUGGCCGUUCGACGGAACAUGUCGUUAUGAGCCGCAAGACGAGGAAGCGUGCGACUUUUGCCGAAGCCACGGAUCCUAUGGGCCCGUGGUUCGACGGCGUUGAAUAUCUCAAGCAGAAGCAACCCGAUGACGUGUUUGUUGCUUCAGUUAAAAACAAGACGUUCGGCAUAUUGGGAGCUGGCAUAUCCGGUCUACACACUGGUCUGCUGCUCGACUCAGUUGGCAUACACAACUGGAAAAUUCUAGAGUCCUCCGACAGGACCGGCGGACGCAUUCGUACCACCUACCUCAACGGGACUACUCCUGAUGACCACCAGCAUCAUGAGCUCGGUCCCAUGCGAUUUCCGCACACCAUCCACGAUGCCGAGACUAACGAGACGUACCCCAUAAACGACCAGAAGAUGAUCUACCAACUGGCCGACGUGCUGAAUGAAAUCAAUGCCAACGCUGGGGCCGACCCUUCUCUUCAAGUCAAGUUUAUCCCAUGGAUUCAGGUCUCCGACAAUGCUCCUGUCGCAACCAAGAAACGCCGUCCGGACGGAACCGUCCCGGGUCGCAAGGAGAUCGCUGCCGACCCCUCGCUGAUGACCAAUGCCACGUACUCCAAUGUCACGGCUGCCAAAGAGGCCACUGAGGCUCUGGACGACUUCAAAGCUCUGACACCCGAGAGAGCCAACCGUCUACCUGCUGCCUUUGAAAACAUCGUAAAGGGCCGAAUCUCUUACAAGACGAAGGUUUUCAGCGUCAAGUACAACGAGGACUCCAAGAACCUCAAUGUGACAUGGCGUGAGACUGGUAGCAACCCUUGGCUCAAGAACACUACUACUGAGCAGUUUGACUUCGUCUUCAACAGUGUUCCUUUCAACCUCCUUAAGUAUUGGGAACUGCCGCCUCAUUCUAGCUUGAUGCGUCGAGCCAUUGAGCGCACCGUCUUCCUCGGUGCGGUCAAGGUUGCCAUGCAGUAUAAGACUCGUUUCUGGGAGCACUUAGAUCAGCCUAUCAUCGGUGGCUGCGGGCGAACUGACAUCUACGGCAUCGGCCAAAUUUGCUAUCCGUCCUACAACAUUAACGGAACCGGCCCUGGAGUCAUGCUCACAUCUUACGCCCCUGAUGCGGACGCAGUUGUCAGCUGCGCAAUGCCAGUCGAGGAGCACAUCGCGUAUAUCCAGCGAGCCAUGGUUGAAAUCCACGGGCCCAUCGCCGACGAGAUGUGGACGGGCAAUUACGAGCGUCACUGCUGGGAGCAGGACGAGCACCAUGCUGGUGCCUUUGCCGUGCCUAUCGUUCCUCAACAACAGCUCUACCUGCCGGCUUUCUGGCAAACGGAGUUUAACACCGUUUUCAUUGGCGAACAUACCAGUUUCACUCACUCUUGGGUUUUCAGUGCUCUUGAAAGCUCGACUCGUGGUACGGUGCAGAUGUUACUCGAUCUCGGUCUUGUCGAUGAGGCCAAGCAGAUCACAGGCACUUGGAUGGCAAGGUGGAUCAGCGUAUAG